UCUGGUCUGCUCCCAUCAUUUCAGGAUGUCUGAGAAAAGGUUCUGCCAGGAGGACGACUGCUCCUCCCUCCUGUCCCGGCUCGGUUCCGACUCCCCCCGGCCUCGGAUCAAGUAUGGAGGGAUGUUCUGCAACGUGGAGGGGGCGUUCGAGAACAAGACGCUGAACUUUGAGUCGUUCAGUCCUCAAACGCAGCGCCGCCGAGCCACCCGGAGCCGGACGGAGGUCCCCGAUGGAGGAGACGCGGGGCGAGGAGCAGGGGGGGGAGGAGGAGGAGGCACAGUGGUGUUUCCCUCCGGACACGCCCGAGAAAACCACGGCAGGAGAGACGCAGGAGGCGACCGUCUGAUCAUCAAGGGAGGGAAGAUCGUCAACGACGACCAGUCGUUCUACGCCGACGUCUUCGUGGAGGACGGGACCAUCAAGCAGAUCGGGGAGAAUCUGAUCGUCCCGCCUGGCGUGAAGACGGUGGACGCCUACGGUCAGCUGGUCAUCCCCGGAGGAAUCGACGCCAACACCAACCUGCACACCCCGCAGAAGGGGAUGAGCCCGGUGGACGGCUUCUACCAGGGAACCAGGGCGGCGCUCUCCGGAGGAACCACCACCAUCAUGGACCACGUGCUGGUGGAGCCGGGAAGCAGCUUACUGGCUGUGUUCGAUCAGAUGAAGGAGACGGCGGAGCAGACGGCGUGCUGCGACUUCUCCCUGCACCUGGACAUCGCCCGCUGGCACGACGGGCUCUCCGAGGAGCUGGAGACGCUGGUCAAAGACAAAGGUGUGAACUCCUUCCUCUUCUUCAUGGCCUACAAGGACAAAUACCAGAGCUCCGACUCUCAGCUCUAUGAGGCGUUCGGGGUCCUUCGGGAUCUUGGUGCCAUUGCACAGGUCCAUGCGGAAAACGGUGACAUCAUUGAUGAGGAGCAGAGGAAAGUCCUCAGUCUUGGUAUCACCGGUCCGGAAGGACACGCCUUGUCUCAUCCUGAAGAGGUGGAGACUGAGGCCGUGUACCGCGCCAUCACUGUCGCCAAACAGGCCAACUGUCCGCUCUACAUCACCAAGGUGAUGAGCAAAUCCGCCGCCGACGUGAUCGCCAAGGCCAGGAAAAAAGGUAUGGUUGUGUACGGGGAGCCAAUCACGGCCAGUCUUGCUACAGACGGCUCCCAUUAUUGGUCCAAGGACUGGGCCACGGCGGCCGCCCUCGUCAUGAGCCCGCCCCUUAAUCCGGACCCUUCAACCCCGCAGUAUCUGACCUCCCUGCUGGCCUGCGGAGACCUCCAGGUGACCUCCAGCGCUCAGGCCAGCUUCUCCACGGCGCAGAAGGCCGUCGGCAAGGACGACUUCACCCUGAUCCCUGAAGGAACCAACGGCAUUGAGGAGAGGAUGGCGGUGGUUUGGGACAGAGCGGUGUUUUCUGGGAAAAUGGACGAGAACGAGUUUGUGGCCGUGACGAGCACCAAUGCUGCAAAGCUCUUCAACAUGUACCCUCGCAAAGGACGCAUCGCUGUAGGAUCCGAUGCCGAUAUCGUCGUCUGGAACCCGAAGGAGACGCGAACCGUUUCUGCAAAGACUCACAACCUGACUCUGGAGGUCAACAUCCUGGAGGGUUUGGAGUUUCGAGGAGUUCCGGCAGUGGUGAUCAGCGGCGGACGCGUGGUUCUGGAAAACGGUCAGCUGAACGUGACUGAAGGUUCUGGACGCUUUGUUCCAAGAAAGGCUUUCCCUGACGCCGUCUACAAGAGGAUCAAGGCCCGCAGUAAGAUGGCGGAGACCCGCGGCGUCCCCCGCGGAAGCUACGAUGGUCCAGUCCAUGAUGUCACCAGCAUGAUGAAAUCUGUACCCCCAACUCCAACCAGCAGGGGGCCUCCCUGUCCUAAGACCCAGGCAGGCCUCCGAAACCUCCACCAGUCCGGAUUCACCCUGGCAGGAUCUCAGAUUGACGACCACAUACCGCGCCGCUCCGCUCAGAGGAUCGUGGCGCCCCCUGGAGGACGAUCCAACAUUACAUCAUUAUCUUAAAAUGGGAAAAACGAAAUCGUCUCAGUCCGACGACCACUUUCUGAUCGACGAGUUCUUCAUCCUGGUCCUUCAUUCACUUUAGUCUUAAUUUCCCAUCAUCCUUCAGAGGUCUGUACUCGUUUCUGUCCUCCAGCUGACACCUCCUAACAGGAGAGUUCUGGCUCCCUCUCUGAAGCGGCAGCUCAUCUGAAGGGAAGGAGCCCUCAAAACCCGCUUCUAAUCCCAAACGAUAACGUGUUCUGCAGUCGGACAGCAUCGGUCACUAACAUCUACAACUGUGUGGAGCCAAACAUACAGAACCAGAAGAACCCCUUAGAGAUUUACGAUGUCCGGCUGUAGGAACAUCCGUACAGAUUCAAACCCACGAACACAGCAAUUCUAGUGUUCUUGCGUCUGGUUCUUUUAUUCUAAUGUCAUCACGCGAUGUUCACGCCGAGCUCUGCAAGGCGCGUUCCACUUCCAUUGAAAUACCGAAGUAAACGCGCGUAUAUUUAAAACUCACGUGUCGCUGCGCAGGUCUUUAAGAGCGUUUUCAGGCUCCUCCUACAAAACGCAUGGCCAUGGACAUGGCAGAAAACUCGGAUUGGACAGUGACGUACCGUUUGAAAAUUGAUCAAUUGAUGAGUAACUGCGGUUUGUGCCGGACCAGAAUUCCACGACUUUCACCCUCCUCCCUCCCGUUGUUGCCACGUCAACCAUUUGCCUUUGAUACGCUCCCAUCAUGUCGUUUCAUAGCAGACAAGCACAAACUCAGCUUCUGAACGGAGAUGUGCUGAUCCGAAGGUUCUGUUGGUGUUCAUGGUAGAACCCUUUCUUUUAAAGGUUGACUCUGAAUGUUAUGAAUGUUUUCUGGAAUGCAUCAACGUCUGACCCUGAAGCUUCAUCCUUCUUCACCUGCUAAUCUCUACAGACCAUAGUCUUCACUUCCUUAGAUUCUCUAACAGUAGCAGAGCUGUAGGCCGGUCGUGUAGCACCAGUACACCCCCCAUACUGGCUUUACUGGGUACUUUUGAACUGCUGCUGUUUUUUUUCUGGAUAUUUUCAGCUGUUUUUAGAUCAAAUGUGCUCUUAGUUCCAGAAUUCUGCUGAAUUUCACUCCGAUUCGAUCGUCCUUAGACCUUAUGUCCUCUGACGGUGAAUGGUGCUAACAGAUAGACGGACCUAUCAAAGCCUCUUAUGCAGCGGUUUGACUCCGCCCCCAGAGGUGUGCUACAUCAAGCUGCCGUCUGCUCUUAUCAUGCUAACAUGCUGCGGGUCACUGCACAUCCUCAGUGGUGUGCUGGCCAACGCGGUGAAGGGCUUUCACUUUUACUGACACGGUGAUUCGGUUUAAAGUGCACUAACUGAUUCCGACACACUGGGGGCGCUGUUUGGCAUCCUUAACCGUCUAUGACUGAAAUCAGGCGGUAACCACCAACACAGCCUCCAGCGACGGGAUCCGCCCUGUGAUGUCACAGCACCAUCCCACCGCCAGGCCGAGACUUUUAGUUUUUCAAUGAUUUGUAAAGUAUUCAUGAUCAUUUUGUAUUUUUUACACUUUUUGUAUCCUGCUUGUAUAAAGAAACAGUGUUAGCGUCGUCGUUAGCGUCACUGUAUCAAAGAUGGGUGUGGCGAAGAAGACGCCGCCUGGAGGUGCAGUUCCCCACAUGACCACUAGUUGCACCAUGUAGUUACUGAAAACAGUGGCGUGACCAUUUGACUGUGGCGUGUUUAAGCUGAACUAGCGUGUCUAAAGGUUAAGGAGGGGGCGUGGCUUCCUAUGUAAAUUCAUAAUGCGGCAGAUAUGGAUAAAUGUUAGCGGAUGACUUUUGAUUUGCCUUAAAUGUAAAUUUCAACUGAAAUUUAAAGAGAAAAGAGAAGCGGCUAACUUUCACGUUUGCAAAUGCGUAACACCCACUAUUGUGUGGAGCUCAUGGAGUUUCUCUUUGCACUCCGCUUUGCAGAAAUAAUUUAGAAUCUCUCUAAACUAAAAUGUUGUAGAUUUUUUUUAAACAUUUUGAUAAAAAUUAUGGUUUUAAAUGUAUAAUUGUUGAGCUGGGUGUUGUUUAAACCAAAGCAACACAUUCGGCAUCUGUUUCUGUUUUGAAUCUCUUUACAGUCGGCUUCACUAAGCUGUGACCCCCCCCACACACACACACACACUAGUAUUAACCCUUUGGCCUCCCCAGCAAAAAUGAGCCUCUGAAGAGUCAAAAGACUCUGAACUGAAACGGCGGAUUGGUCCUCAGUUCUUUGGUCGCCGUGACAACGUCCAUCUUUGGUACCGUCAGCGGGUGUUGUCGUUCAUAGAUUGUGGUUUUUGGUGUUUGUGCAGCUCACAGCAGCCAUGUUAGUGUCUAACUCUGAAGACGAAGGCCGAAUAACAGAGGAGGAAAAGGUCACUGAAGGUCACGUCGUCUUUUUCUCACAUCUAGACUAAUUCCACUCUAGCGGGUUAGCUCGGCUUAGCGCGGGUUAACUGUGUUAGCAUUGGUAGAAUUAACUCAGGUUAUCUAUUAGAGUUUAGCCCAACUCAGUUUCCAGUUAGCUUGUCCACUGCAUCGGAAUGGAACCGACAUCUCUUGAUGGUGGAGUUAGCUGGCGGGUUCACCAACAUGGCGGCUGCGUUCUGAUCCGUUUCUGGUCGUGUCUCCGUCCUCUCAGAUGCAUUGAAACCUUGAACUGAAGAAAAAGAAAAAAAAAAGUCCUGCGUGCACGGUGACCACGCACUCACCCACGUGGAGGAGCAUGGGGUGGGUUUCCAUGGUAACCGUUGUUCCUGUGGUGAGAGUUGCAUGAAUAAAGUGAAGAGAAAAACAA